ACCUCCUAGUACUGACGCUUGUCAUUUUAACUUCAGAUAAAAAUUCAUAAAAACUAUUAUCCACCAUGACUAACCCAGAUAUAGAGUGCUUGCCCACUGAUUUUGUAGGCAUUUCGCGACCAUCCAAGCGGCUAGAAGCAUUGUACCAGAAAAAAGAGCGAGAGCAAGUAGAAGCAAUCAAAGAAUUAGAAGACAAAAAACUGGAAAUUUGUAAGCGUUACGAGAAAUUAAUUGAAAAGCGUUCAGAACAAAUAAGCCGCAACUUAGAGGAGAUGAGAACGACUCUAAAGGAUGAAAUGUAUAACUUUAAAAUAGAAAUGUUUAGAGAUCAGGCAAGUAUUGAUAAAUAUGAAUUUAAGAAGAUCUAUAAGAAAGUCUUGCUGCAAGCUGAACAGCAUCAUUCUCUGAUUGAAACGUUUUAUAAAGACUUAUGCGAAAUGGAAAAAAACAAGUCAAAGGAACUGACUAUUGCCUUGAAAUUCACUUAUAAUGCAAUUAAAAGCAUUUCUUUAAAACUCCCCAAGGAAAAUGAUGAAUGGGUUGAGUUAGAAAUUGAGAAGCUGAAUCAAACAAUUCUGUGUAAUAAUAGGAACUACUUGGAACUAAAAACUCAGUUUCAAACGGCAGUUCAAAAUGAUACAAAAUUAAAAAUUUCAGAUUUACAAAACAUUAAAGAGAACUGGAUUAAGAUAUCCAAAGAAAGAAGCCAACAAGCUGCAGAUGACUUAAAAGAAAAAUAUGUUUCAGAAAUGACAAAAAUGGCAGAUAAACUAAAAACUGAAACUAUGGACAAGAUGCUAAACGUUUUGCCGAGUGUUGCAUCAUUACCAAACCGUCAAAAUCCUGAAGAAUGGUUGGAGAAUAUUAGAUUAACAUUAGCUACCCUGGAUCAGAAGUCUCAGAAAAUAAUGAUGAGCUACAAGCAGGCAGCUGUGGUUAUAUAUAACAGAUUCUUUCAGGAGUUGAAAGUACUUAAGGAAACGUUAGACGAAAUUGGAGAGGGAGAACAAAUUAGUAAAGGCCAAGCAUCAAUGUACACUCCAGAUUUAGAUGAAAUUCGGUUAAAUUAUGGAGAUGAUUUGGAGAGAAUAAAAGUUGUCUGGGAUGAAGUGGUAGAACAAAUAUCAAAAACAGUGGAUAAUACACACGACUUUUUGGUUGCUGCAACAUCUCUAUGGGAGGAUCACUUUUGUAGAACCAAAGUUUUGCAAAUUAUUGUAUUAAAAGAUAUAGAGAAUACCGUUAAAAAGCACAAUACUUUAUCUGAGCUCUGUGAGACAAAAGUAAAUAUUCUUAUUGACACUUUAAGACAAGAACCAUCAAAGGAAAAACUUAAGAAAACAUUAGAAGAUCUUAAAAAGUCUUUAUCAUCUAUUGAAGUCCUUUACAAAACUCAAUAUCAAGCAGAGGUCAAUGUUCUGAAGAAGUUUAACAGUAUGCAAGAGCUAAAGGCUGAUAUUUUAGUUGCAGAAAUUAAGAGAUUUUUGGAGGUGUAUCCUCCUGAUAUGGAGAAGGAUCCAAAGAUUCAGCGAAAACGUGCCAGCCAAACAAGUGAAACUACAAACUCCACUGACAAUCUGAUUCCAAACCAACUUAUCUAUUGUAAAUUUCAAAUCGGAGCUGUCAGUAACUGGCAAUUUGGUCUUUGGGAGUGUAUAGGCAAUUACAUGACUAAUGCCAAAGCAGACAUAUUGGCAGAAACUGAUAAGUGGAUUCAAACUCAUAUAAAUUAUAUUGACACUCGCUUGAAGAUAAGGAUGGCAAUCCACGAUCAACGGUUAGAAAAAAUAAUGGCAUUUAUUUAUCAACAAAGACUAGACGAACUUUGCCUGCAUCAGAAGCGGUUUGAAGAACAUAAAAUAGCCGUGGAGAAAAGAACUAUUGAGUUAAAAGACGAAUAUAAGUUGUAUCAGGAUAAAUAUCGAGACAUAGUGAACAAAUUUAAAGAAGAAAGCACAGAUGUGGAAUUAAAAUGUGUAGAUUCCAAAAAUUCUUAUGAAGUGGCUACUAUGAAGCCUCUACUAAACAAUAAAAUGGACCAGUGCAUACAAAAAUUUGACAAUCUAAACAAUGAAUAUUUGGAAAAGUGUCAACAUUUUUUAAAUUCAGUAAAGGCUUCACACAUCAUAUUUGCCAAAAACAUGAAGCUCUUUUCGGAACAAGGCAAUUUCUCAGUUAUUGAAAUUAAAGAUGUUUUAAAAAAUAUGGAAAAAAUCGAGGCACAAGUGGAAAAGACUAUAGUUACCAUCAACAAAGAAAUUGAAGAAUGCAAAUGUGAAAAAUUACAGCAGAUAAAAAACAAAUUCGACGAAGUAUAUUACAGUAUAAACAAAAUACUUGAGGAGUACAAAUUUGUUGGAGAUCUGGAUGAAAUGCAAAAAAAAUUAAAAUAUGAUCUCUCUAAGCAAGUGUGUACAUUUCAAUAUAAGUUAAAGUCAAUUAUUACUCAGUAUAAAAAGACUAAAAAGGAGAUUCUGGCCAAUGUUGGAAGUUUCCAUUAUUUUAAGACGUUUGUUGAAGCCAUUGAAGAUAUAAUAAAAAAACUGCGAUUACUCAGUGAUUUUCUAGAUCUACCUGAACCUGUGGUAUUUUAUUCUGAUAAAAGUUCAUCCACCUCAACAGAUCGGAGUAUCAAACCACGCCAGAGCUCAAUGGGGCGAGGACCGCAAUAUAUUGAAAAUUAUGCCAACAAAUUGGAAUCACAGAUAUUCAAUUUCAAUCUCGAUUCACAAACAAGUUCGUAUUUCAACAAGUUAAAUCAAAUACUAAAAGAAUAUUGGAACAAUGUUAUCAACUGCACAAAGACAUUUUUUGUUCACCUACCCAGAUGUAUUUAUUUGGAAGACAAAGUUUUUAGUGGUCCUGUGGCACUGAUGAAAGACCUCCAUAGCAAAAUGUUAGACUACCAAAGCCAGUGUGAAACGCGAAUUAUGCAAGACACAAAGGAAUACUUAUUUUUCACAAUAACAUUCAUCAUUUUUUUGCAAGAUUACUUAGACAUGUAUCCAGAAGAAUACUCCCGAAAAUUUCUGAAACAUUUUGAGAAUGUUUUUGAAAAUGAAAUCAAGAGGGAUUUGCAAAAGCAUAAGGAGGAUAUACGAGACAAAUUUGAGGAUUUGCAAAAAAAAUUGAAGACAUGGUAUGGACAUCCUCAACAUAGAGGAAUUUUGGAAAAACUUCAAAUUGAGGCAGAAAUUCUGACCAGUGAAGCCAAGGAAACGUGUGAAGAUAUUAAAUAUCCAUACUUGGCAAAACUGGAACAGGAGUAUAAUAGGGCAAUACUCGAGUAUAACGACCUAAAAGAAAAUCUUGUUCCAGUUCUUGAUAUGACAGAACAUUUUCAAAGGGAGAUCUUAGAGCUUACAAGGAAACUAAAUGACAAAGUGACUAUCUUAAGAAACUUGGUUGGAUCUGAAGACCAGUUAACAUCAGAUCACAUGUCAAAAAAAAGUUCCAAAAAUGACAUAGUUUUAAGCAACUGCAAGUCUUUUUUAACAAUUUUUGAUUCCUCUACUCUGCCUCAAAUUGGGGGUAGCUGUGUUCCAACAUUAGCAGAGUUUUCUACUUUAACUGAAAUGAUUAAUCAUUCUUGGUAUGAACCUUCCCCAUCACAUGAGACAGUCAAUGAUAAAUCGCUAUUGUCUUUAACAAAAUCUGGAGAAAAUUGUACAGAUGAAGGUAACUUAGCCUCAAGUUACAUGGAGACCAGUUAUGUGGAAACAAAUGACAAAAUUGAUAAUUUUUUUAACAUUUUGAAACAAAACUACAUAAAAUACUGUCGUCAAAUAAAUAUGCAGAAUGUAGAGCAAACCGUUGUAGACAUGAAAAAUGACUGGCAAAUGGCUGUAAAUAGGGUGUUGGCGUUGUAUGCAGUAAAGUAUGAUGUACCCUCCAAUGGGCCCAGGAAGAGUCACAAAAUGAGCAAGUGAAUUUUUGGUUCACAUGUACAUCUAGUUAUAUUUUAUAUUUGUUUACAAUAAAAUACAAAAAACUUA